AUGGAAAAACAACCACCUGGUUCAGUCGAUCUCGACAUAUUGAAAGCACCAUCCAAUCCCGCAGCAAAAGAUGUGGACUUUGGCGAAGUUCUGGAAACACAUUCUACACCACAGAUGGAAAGAAAAGUUCUUUGGAAACUUGACCUCUUUCUCAUCCCUCUCAUGGGAUUCUGUUACAUGCUGCAAUAUAUGGACAAGUUAGCCCUCAGUCAGGCAACAUUAUUUGGAUUAACAGAAGACCUGCACCUCAAAGGCACAGAAUAUAAUUGGUCGUCCGCGGUCUUCUACUUCGGAUAUCUUGUGUGGAGUUGGCCCAGCUCAUACCUAAUCGUACGACUCCCUCUCGGAAAAUACUUGAGUUUAGCCGUGUUCAUAUGGGGUGGAGUUCUCAUGUGCCAUGCAGCCUGCAAAUCAUGGAGCGGGCUGAUGGCAGCACGAUUCUUCUUGGGAGUCGGUGAAGCAUCGAUCGCCCCUGGCUUUGCCUUAAUCACAGGAAUGUUCUACAAGAGAGAAGAGCAGCCAGCUAGACAGGCAGCUUGGUUUCUUGGAAACUGCAUCGCAUCCAUUAUUGGUGGUCUGAUUGCAUACGGAAUUGGCCUUAUUAAGAACAACAAUGUCAAUAGCUGGCAAUUGCUAUUCCUUAUCCUAGGCGCUGUCACUGCUGCCUACGGAAUUAUCCUUGCGGUCUUCUUGCCAGACUCCCCAGCCAAGGUCGUGUUCUUCAAUAAGACUGAGAAGGCGAUUGCUUUGCAGCGAACACUCAGUAACAAGACUGGUGUCAUGGAUGUGGGCAAGUUCCGGUGGAACCAGGUUCUCAUGGCGAUCAAGGAUCCACAGACCUGGUGUCUUGUGCUGUAUACCCUUUGUGUCAACCUCUGCAAUGGUGGUAUUACCAGCUUUUCAUCUAUUAUUAUUGCAGGCUUUGGAUUCUCCAACCUCAAGUCUUUGAUUAUGCAGAUGCCCACGGGUGCUGCGCAGAUCGUCUUCCUGCUGCUUACAUCGGGAUUUGCCACCUUUGUACGCUCUUCUAGAAUUCCCAUGAUGAUACUGAACUGUUCUGUCUCAGUUAUUGGGAUGGCUCUCAUCUGGAAGCUAGAUGAUGAUAACCGUACCGGUCGCCUGACGGGGUUAUCUCUGGGAGCUGUGUUUGCAGUCAACAUCCCCCUAUCACUAAGUCUCAUCAGUUCAAACGUCGCUGGGUUCACAAAGAAGAGUACCGUCAGUGCCUUGAUGUUUAUCGCAUACUGUGUCGGAAAUAUCGUGGGGCCACAGUUCUUCCUUCCCGCUGAGAAGCCUUCGUACCCCACCGGUAUCAAAGCAGCUAUGUCUGGCUUGAUUCUGGGAAUCUUCUUCUUAAUUUGCCUUUACGUGUUCUAUAUCUGGGAAAACCGCCGCCGCGAUCGCCUUUACGGAUCCCCGAGACAAUUGACUGAGGCAGAGGAACUACAGGAUGAAUUCUCCAACAAAACCGACCACGAGAUUGAGAGCUUCCGAUAUGUUCUCUAG